UUCUGCGAAAGACGCUCCCUAUCGUUUUGGAUGCUUGAAGUUCAAUCGUCAUUCCAAGAGGUCAGAAGGUCUGGGAACAAAUUGGCCUAGCCACACUUCGUAGUUUGGUUUGUUAUGGGUGGAAGAAUGAGUCGAAGAAGGAGUGAAAAUACCGAAAACGAAGAUGAUGAAGAAUCGUUAGAAUGGAGCCAAGCAAGUGCUGCAGAUGUAGAUAAUCCUCUUGAGGAAGAUGAAAGUGAAGAGUCCGAGGAAACUGUUCUAAACAGAGACAUCGGCGCAGAUAGUCUUGCAGCAAGCAUCUUGGCAUUUAUCCUAAGAAACAGUCGCCAUUCAAGACUGUUAAAUGCUGGAGGCCCCUUUAGCUCCAUCAACAUCGACAUUGACAGUGGGGAUGAUUCAGAUGAUUCGCAUUACAUCAGCAUGGGGCAUUUUCAUCGGCCAGCCUCUCCACAAGCUGAACCCUGCCCUGAUACAUCAAGAAUGGAGGAUUCACAAAUAUAUCUUGAAACUGCUGUUGCAAGUGGACGACUACUAAAUACUGAUGCAAAUAUUGCAAAAUGUAUCCUCCAAAGAGAGUCUAAUAUUUUCAAAGGAAGAAAGCGAUCCAGAACGAAGUUCUGUCCAAGUGAUCAAGUUAGACUCCACGACAUCUUCCUACCAAACAGUAUGCAAACGAUGAAAAAGUUCCGCCAAAAACUGUUCUGUGGGGAAUACUCUACCGAUGGAACUGUUUUUAUGUCAGCGUGUCAAGACCAGCAUAUUCGACUAUACGAUACCACAAAUGGCAACUUCAAAUUAUUUCGUGACAUCUCGGCAAGAGAUAUUAGUUGGAGCAUUGUGGACACGGCAUACAGCCCGGAUCAAAGAUUCCUAAUCUAUGCAAGUUGGUCGGAUUCUAUUUACUUAUGUAACAUUUACGGCGAUUAUGAGACACAUGUACCAUUAAAUCUUCGACCAGAGGAAUCGCGGUUUUGUGCGUUUUCCAUUUGCUUCUCGCAAGACAACACGCAGAUUCUCGCGGGGGGUAGCGACCAAUGUUUGUACGUUUACGAUCGAGGGGGAGACAAAAGAACAUUAAGGGUCAGUGGCCACGAAGAUGACGUAAACGCGGUCUCGUUUGCAAACGAAACGUCAGACAUCCUCUUCUCAGGAAGUGACGACGGUCUUUGUAUGGUUUGGGACAGAAGAGAGCUGAAGGAGAGAGACCCAAAACCAGUUGGUAUUUUCGCGGGGCACACCGAUGGUGUCACAUACAUCGAUACAAAGGGCGAUGGACGAUAUCUGUUGUCAAAUUCCAAAGAUCAGACAAUUAAAUUAUGGGACAUGAGAAAGUUCUCCUCGAAAGACUCUGUUCGGGAAUGCAAAAGAAUUGUUUCUGGUGCAAACUGGGAUUACAGAUGGGAAAGUGCACCAAGGCGGUCUCGUCGAUUGACACAUGUCAAUGGUGACCCGUCUGUGAUGACGUAUAGAGGUCAUUCAGUCCUGCAAACAUUGAUCAGGGCCAAGUUUUCUCCACCUCACAAUACAGGACAGAAAUAUAUUUACGCUGGUUGUGCAAGUGGAAAUGUUGUCCUUUAUGACAUUGUAUCUGGAAAAAUCGCAUCGAAGCUAAAGGGUCAUAAACAAUGUGUAAGAGAUAUUUCAUGGCAUCCAUAUGAGCAGACAAUCAUGAGUUCAUCGUGGGAUCAAGUGAUUGGUCGCUGGCAGUAUUCACGAAUGGAAGAGGACCUUGACUGCGACCAGAGAAGCUCCAAGCGAAAGCGAACUACUGGCUUGUCUCAGUUUGUACAGUUGAGAGUGUAAUUUCAUAGCCAUUUUCUACGUGCAAAUGAAAGUAGAUAUGACCCAGCGCCCUUGCCUCGUUUGCAUCAGAGAAAGCAAAUCAGCAUUUCCUUAGCCAAUAACCCUGGUGGUUGAAAGAACAGGAGAGGGGCUAGAAAUGAUCGUUGCGCCUUAGGAGAAGUUGUUUAGAGAUUGAGAUAACAAGAGACAUUUUUAAUCGAUAGAUGGCUUUUGUAAAAACAUUUCAGAAUCGAGUCGCCAGUUUAGUAAUUUAUUAACUUAAUGAUCAACAGGCCAAUUCAGAUUGGUAAAGGACUAGGAUGAAUAAUCACAAUUAAAACGCUGGGAAAAUUGUGGAUAUGCGCGUAAUCGAAAGAAGAAAACUUUAUCGACUGAUUUAUUUUUCUGAUAUUUUAUCAGCAGCGAUAUAUUUGAAUAAAAUAUCCUAAAUUUCUUCAGAGGUGAGACAUGGCAGUGAAGUGUUAUCUUAAUACUUCUUUGCCUUCCUCUGAUGUAUUCCUCGGCACGUGACUAUAGUAUCAUCGUAAUAUAGACAAAUACGAGCUUUCCAAUGUCUUUUGUAUUGUACGUUUUGUUUUUGCUAGCUUAUCGCAUAAAAACCUCGACACUGUUUUGAGCACAGCACAGAUAAUUGUUCACCUGACCAGUCCUUGCCCUUCCAUGCAAAACGUCACUGGAUACGUAUAAAUCAACAAAAUUCUCAGCCACUGCUGAUGCAGCCAGCUUACCGAUCCUUAAGGUCAAUCUUCAUUGGGCGAAAUUUUUUUUGCUUUUGCGCUGACGAAAAGCGAAAACUACAUGGCGCACAACCUCCAGCGCACAAUAACUUUGCAUGCCAAAUAGAAAGCAGAAUUUCAAGAUGUCGGAUGAGAAUACACAUAUAGUCUGAUUUUGCUUUAUUUGUUGAAGCGUAAGAAACAAAACAGAAAUCUGGUUGUAGAUCUACAAUUAUAUGACUACCAACUAUUUUUUACCUAUUUUCGUAUGCAAUUGUUGUCUUUGGUGGUUCCAUACUUAGUGAAGGAAUCGAAGUUUCGCCAACCAGUAGGUUCUAAAGAGAGAUUAUGUGCGACUCUUACCUCGUUGCUGGUGAAUCUCAUGUAUUAGUUGGCAUGAGCUAUAGGAUUAGCCCCAGAACUGUUGAUAGGAUUAUAAAAGAAACAUGUAACGUACUAGUAACAAGAAAUGUUAUUAUGUUCUCAUCCAACGCGAAGCUGCUUUGGGGCUCAGACAUUUUGCUCUAUGCACACAGGACGUGAAAUUCGCCGGCGACAGAGAAAAAGGUUUAAAUAGUUGGGACUUUCAAUGCGAACGUCGCACGCAGCACAGGAAGCGAGAAAAAUUCGAAUACGCAUGCGCAUAACCUUUCAAAAAAUUUCGCCCAAUGGAGACUGGCCUUUAGGUUGACCGUACUGUGCCCCAUUCUCCCCAUCCCACUCACCCCCCCCCCCCCCCACCGACGUUUCCAGUUUCCAAAAACUGUAACCAUAAUAAAUGAAUAAUUUUUCGAUUUGUGUAUUGUAAAAAAUAUCCUGAUGAUCUAUAAAUGGUGUGGCCCCAGAGUCUGCGCUCACUACGUAUAUAACCUCAGCAUUAUACUCUGAGAGAACAUGCUCUUGAUGUCACAUUUACUAAGCGUUAGAAAUGUCGUUGAAAACUGACAACAUGAAGCAUCAUUUGCAUAAAAGUUUUUAGUUUAUAUUCAGCAGCAGAUUGUAUUCUGGGUUUGUCUUCAACUGGCCGGGGGACAGUGCCCAACAGUCUAAGGAUAAAAAGCUUUUAGGGAUCAAAUUAUGAUCAGUAACUGAGUUUUUCGAAUGUCAGUAUAUUUUUAGCGGGGUGUUCCCGCGGAUUCGACCUUCCGUCCCAUUCAAGCCAUUGUUUUUACACUGUACUAAUAUUGUUGACACCAAACACCAGCGAAUAUUCGCUGUUAACCGUUCAGUUGAAGUUGAAUAAUAUAAAAUUGAAAGCAUGAAAACUAGCAUCAAAAGACAUGAUUCAGUAAGAAGAUUACCUAUAAGUGUUAGUUAAGAGUGAUUUGUAUAUAGAUAUAAAAAUUGGUUUAUACCAUAGAUGUUUCUUUGACUGUAGAAUUUGUUAUAUUUCGAGACCCAGCCAGGGUACAUUGCCUUAAUGCGGAGUAUAAAACACACGUUUCUAACUGUAAUUAAAGUUACGGUUCAAAACAAAAUUAUAGAUGUUGUUAUUAGUUUACGCAUAUUGUAAUUCAGAUCUUAAUUUUUUGCUGGGGCUGACCAUCGCUUAGACAUUGUCGUCUAAAGUUUAUAUUUCGACACGAUUAAAUGACGUACAAGGAUUUUUGUUUUAUAAACGUCCUUCUUUGAUCCGAUCAGCUGUUCGUUUCUAAGCCCUACAGUCCUUUUAGUUUUCAACCUGGAUGUUAAGUAAAAAGACGAUAUCUUGUAAAGGUGUGAUUGUGGUGUUGAAAAUUUUGUAAAAAAUUAUUUGAAAACUAUAUAUUUACGUUA